AUGACGAUUCAGAAAGAUGAAAGAGCGCGUCAAAAUAUUUCCAGACCAAAGGAACAACUAGUCAAAGCGCGUCGACCGUCUUCCCCAAGAACUCUCUCGAACCAGUCGCCCCCAAAUCUCCCCGCCGGCGCCGUUCCCCAUGUCUCUCGCAGAUCAGCUCCAACCCCUCCAAAGGAGUCCCGGAAGGCGUCCUGCUCCAUCCAUGCCGGCUUCCUCCUCCACACCCCCGCCGCCGUCCCCUCCCGUGAGGAUGAAGCCAAGAAGGUCGCCCCCCAUGUCUACCGUUUGGAAGCGCGUGCUCAUCUCUUCGGCCCUGCUCGCGUACUGUGCUUCGCGGCCCAGAGGUACUCCGGCCAUGCCCACCGCCGCCAUCCUAUUCCUACCCCGCGUCCAACGCCCCUAGAGAUCAUCAUCCGUAACCGUAAGACGCCGCCUUCUGGCCACGCCGACGCGGCGGCCGGGUGCCUUCCUCUCGCCAGGGAGGCGGCGGCGGAUAGUGCUGGGCGGAACUUCGUCGUCUCGCCCCUGUCCAUCCACGCGGCGCUCGGCCUGGUGGCCGCCGGCGCGCGGGGUGACACGCGGCGGCAGCUCUUGGAGUUCCUCGGCUCGCCGUCUCUCGACGCGCUGCACGGCGCCCCCGCAACGGAGCUGGUCGGCGAGCUCAACGGCCUGAAGCAGACGUCCUUCGCCUCAGGCGUGUGGAUCGACCGGAGGCGGGCGCUCAGGCCGGAGUUCAUGGCCAUCGGCCGGGAGCGGUACUCGGCCACGGCAGAAUCCGUGGACUUCGUCACGGAUGCAGAGAAGGCGAGGCAGCGGGUGAACGCGUUCGUGAAGGACGCCACGAAUAAUCUCAUUGGCGAGAUCCUCCCUCCCGGCUCCGUCCGGUCGUGCACGGCAAUCGUCCUCGCCAACGCCCUCUACUUCAAAGGGGCGUGGUCCGAGCAGCCGUUCGACGCACCGGCGACCUUCGACGCACCGUUCCACACCCCGGACGGCACCAUCGUGCGCGUGCCGUUCAUGACAGGCCGGGGCAAGAAGCACGUUGCCGUCUACCCAGGCUUCAAGGCCCUCAAGCUGCCAUACAAGAACGAUGACGGCGAUGGCAGGCAAUUUUACAUGCUGCUGCUUCUCCCUGACGACAGCACAACCACUAUGAAGCUCAGUGAUCUCUACGACCAGGCCGUCUCGACCCCAGGUUUCAUCAAGAACCACAGUCCGACGGUGAAGGUUCUGGUGGGGCGGUUCAUGGUCCCCAAGUUCAAGUUCAUGUUCGGUUUCGAGGCAUCGUCGGACAUGCGUAAGCUUGGACUAACCAAGCCUUUCGAAGACGGCAACUUCUCGGGCAUGGUGAGCGAUGAGGAUAGGCUCAGCAUCACGGCGGUGUACCACAAAGCCACCGUCGAGGUGGAUGAGCUGGGCACCGUCGCCGCCGCCGCGACAGCAAUACACAUGGCUGGCAGUGCUCGUGGUGCAAGCCCACCAAAGCCUCGGGUGGAUUUCGUGGCGGAUCGGCCGUUCUUAUUCGCCAUUGUUGAAGAGAGGUCUAGCGCGGUGAUGUUCCUUGGUCAUGUGGUCAAUCCUGUGAAUCACUAACCCCAUUGUCACUGCAAACAACUCUGGCCUCUCUCAGAACGUACGCAUAGCUGCUCGUAUGUUCCUCUUUCUCUAGCAUGCAUGAGUACGUAACAUUUUAUUUUACAUAUGUGGUACCUUUUUAUGCGUCAUGAAAUUUGAAACAUCACUUAAUGAAA